UGUUCUCUCCUGCAGGACCUUACCUGUUCCUCGCUCCAGCGCUGUAGUCUUCCUGUGCUGGCUUCUGUGACAGCCGGUGCCCACUGCGCAUGCGCUGUGCUUUCCUCUGGUCUCUGGUCAUCUCCUGUACUACGUCUGCAGUCACUGGUCAUCUCCUGUACUAUGUCUGCAGUCUCUGGUCAUCUCCUGUACUAUGUCUGCAGUCUCUGGUCAUCUCCUGUACUAUGUCUGCAGUCUCUGGUCAUCUCCUGUACUGUGUCCGCAGUCUCUGGUCAUCUCCUGUACUGUGUCCGCAGUCUCUGGUCAUCUGUACUAUGUCCACAGUCUCUGGUCAUCCCCUGUAGUAUGUCCGCAGUCUCUGGUCAUCUCCUGUACUAUGUCUGCAGUCUCUGGUUAUCUGUACUAUGUCCUCAGUCUCUGGUCAUCUCCUGUACUAUGUCCUCAGUCUCUGGUCAUCUC